AUGUCCUCUUUAUCUCGAACGUCGGCAAAACGCCUGGUCGUCGAACAGGUCGCACUGUGGAACCAGAAGGCCCACGAAGACGUGGUCAUCUGGGACUACCAUGUCGUUCUCGUCCUUCGCCUUCGCGCACACACUCAAUUCCGACCUGAAGACCCGGAGCCGAGCGCUGGCAGUGAGAGCGCGAGUUGGGAGGGCGAGGCCUGGGUGUACGACUUCGACACCCGCCUGCCCAUUCCCUGCCGCUGCACAGGUGCGUCUCGACCCCCGCUGCAGCGCAGACGCGCCCGUGCCUAUCACCACCUGAUACGCUCCUGGCUUGGCGGAUGCCGCGCAGACUACCUUGUCGGAACGUUCCCGUACGCGUUUGACACGACGCCGUCCGCGCAUGUCAGCGAAAGCUACCGCAGCUUGUUCAGAGUGGUCCCUGCUGCGGCAUACCUGGACCACUUUGCUUCCGAUCGCUCCCACAUGUUGGCCGAUGCGGCGCAUCCACACUCGGGAUACAGCUCUCCCCCUCCGACGUAUCCGCCGAUCUCCGGGUGCAGGGCACGAGAGACAGGCGUUGUACACAACCUGAUGGACCGCUAUGUUGCCAUGCGUCUGCCACCAAUGGCGUCUUGCAGCCUCCCAGCGGUCUCGGAUAGAGCGGGGGCAGAAGAUCGGACGGAGGGCGAAACCGCGUUCGGCGAGGUGAUGGACAUGGCACAAUUUGUGUAUUGGAUUACCGGAGCGCGAGCUGUGGCUCUGGCAUGA